CUCAAGUUCUAAAGUUUUCAUUCGCCCUUCGACGCCAAGUAGAGAGACUCAUAGAGAGAUUAUCGAACAGCGACGAUGGACAGGAAGACAUUGUUUUCUUUGUGGGCUCAACUGACCCCUGCUUCCAUCAUGAUGGCGGACAGGGAGUCCUACACCGAGGAGACCAGGCUCGUCCCCGCCCCCCCUACUGAGGCCAAGCCCCCGGGCCUUAACCCCCGCUACCCUCGUGGGGCUAGGCUGCCCUGGUUGGCUGCCCCAGCUGGUGGCAGCAACGAGAGGAUCGUCCUCCGCCCCCCUACUGAGGCCAAGCCCCCGGGCCUUAACCCCCGCUACCCUCGUGGGUCUAGGCUGCCCCGGUUGGCUGUGGCUGAGGAGGCUGUCGGCCAGGAAGCCUGGAUCCAGGCGGCCCACUCCGACACCGUGUCCCCCCGUGCACGGGCUCUGGGUGCCGCCUCGAGCCAGGAGACUUCCCCGGGCCGAACCCCCCCAGAAGUGGCUGACCCUGACCACCAUCGUGGGUCUAGGCUGCCCCGGUUGGCUGCCCCAGCCGCUGGCGCCAACGAGAGGAUCGUCCUCCGCCCCCCUACUGAGGCCAAGCCCCCGGGCCUUAACCCCCGCUACCCUCGUGGGUCUAGGCUGCCCCGGUUGGCUGCCCCAGCCGCUGGCGCCAACGAGAGGAUCGUCCUCCUCCCCCCUACUGAGGCCAAGCCCCCGGGCCUUAACCCCCGCUACCCUCGUGGGUCUAGGCUGCCCCGGUUGGCUGCCCCAGCUGGUGGCAGCAACGAGAGGAUCGUCCUCCGCCCCCCUACUGAGGCCAAGCCCCCGGGCCUUAACCCCCGCUACCCUCGUGGGUCUAGGCUGCCCCGGUUGGCUGUGGCUGAGGAGGCUGUCGGCCAGGAAGCCUGGAUCCAGGCGGCCCACUCCGACACCGUGUCCCCCCGUGCACGGGCUCUGGGUGCCGCCUCGAGCCAGGAGACUUCCCCGGGCCGAACCCCCCCAGGUGAAGAAGUCGUAUACUUUAGUGUAUUGCAAAUAUAAUUGAAGCAUACAAAAGUUAUUACAAGUGA